CUUUGAUCUUUCUUUGAUAGUUCCGAUCUGUUUAGUAUCGGAUUUGUGAGCUUGGAUCGGUUAUGAACGGACUCGGAUCAGCUCGGGUUGUUUGUAUGCUGGAUUCAGAAGGAAACAGAAAGUUCUGGUGGAAUGAAACCCAGCCGAGAGGAGAGAAGUGUGAGAUGAGAUGAACUGGUCUGGGGUGGAUAUGGCGCACUGGUGACUGACUGGCUGACUGGUAAACCCCGCUCGCGUGUUUCUUACUGAUCAAACUCAACUCGGUUUCGAUUCUUCUGAUUAUCGAAUCAUGGCGAUGAGUGGUGGAGCUGGAGGGGAGAAAAACAAGCUCGAUCUGUUGGAGGAAUCCAGGAUCGAUUCAGGAAUCGACUCCUACAGGUCGGUGACCAGAGAGGAUCGAUGCGGUUCUGGCCCGGGAUCGGUACCGGACGAUAAAAAGUUUGAUAGCGGGAGAGAUGAGCAGGAUAAAGUGAUGACUGAUGAAAGGCUGGACUCUGCUUAUGGAUCUGCGUCUCUCAGUGUGGACAGUCUGAGUGAGAUUCUUCAGAACUGCAGCAUUUCUGCGACCCUGACCGAACCGAACAAAGAAAAUCCAGAAUCUAGUGAAGAGGAAGGAAACCUGUUAGCAACUCUUACAGAGGAUGGAGACACGUUUCUCCACUUGGUGAUAAUCCAGGAGUUGGAGUCAUUCGCAAACCAUCUGAUUUAUCUGUUUCCUAAAGAGAUCCUGGACAUUCAGAAUAAUCUCUACCAGGCGCCGCUGCAUCUGGCCGUGUACCUGAACCUGGUGGGCGUGGUCCAGGCCCUGGUGGAGAAGAGGGCGUCUCUGGAGCUGCAGGACCAGGAGGGAAACACGCCGCUGCACGUCGCCUGUGAACACGGAUGGCUGGACUGCGCCAACCAGAUGAUCCUCCACCUUCCACCCGCCGAGCUCGCCCCGCUCUUCGAAACCCAGAACUGGAGAGGUCUGACGUGUCUGCACGUGGCCACGCUGCACAAACACCACCGCAUGAUGAGACUGCUGAUGAAGAAAGGAGUGGAUCUGAACAUCCAGGAGGGGACGAGCGGUAAGACGGCGCUGCACAUGGCCGUGGAGCUGCACGACGUCGACGCCGUGGCUCUGCUGCUGAAGAGAGGCGCCGACGUGGACGCCGUCAUGCUGAACGGCUGCACCGCGCUCCAUCUGGCGGUCGGGCGCCAGGACGCCGCCAUCACCAGCCACCUGUGUCGAGCGGGGGCCAACAAGAUGAUCCGUAACGUCGAGGGCGACACGCCGCUGGACCUCGCCGAUGGAAACGAUGAUAUCCUUGCCGUGCUCCCAUUUGACGACAUCCAGAUCAUGGGCAGAACCGUCAGCCUCGACCUGAACCUCUGAAGAUCGGCGUCCAUGUGAAGUCCAAACUUUCAAAGCUUCAUUUACGGCUUUAUAUUUGUGUUGAUUUGGAAGUUUUUGUACGUUCGAGAUGUGUAAUUUAUGCCAAAAUGUGAUCUGAUGAUCUGAUAAUGCAUCAACAUAUAUAUACUAUACGGGCAAAAGUAUUGGGACGCCCCUUCUAAUGAAUGAAUCCACAUGUUUCAGCCACAGCAGUUUCUAACAGAUGAAAUAAAUCAAUUAUAUAAAGGAAAUUAUAUGCUUUCCACUUUGCAGCAACAGUUUAGGGAAGGAUCAUUCCUGUUCCAGCAUGGCGCAAGCUCUAUAAAGACAUCAGCGCCCAGCCUUACAGAUCAGCUUUUUUGGACGCUCCAAAACCUGUGAGAAGCCUCCUCAGUAGAGCGACUGUUGUUAAAGCUAAAAAGAUCACGCAGACGUCCAAAUACUUUUGGCCAUAAAGUGUAUAUAAAUUCAUAGUGAAUUCGGUCAUAUUAAAAACUUUUAGUCAUAUCCAAUUUCCCAUUGCAAUUUGUUCUGAGAUUUGAAGCCACCGGUUGCUUCUUUUUCCCCAGCCAGCGGCGGAUCCCUCCGCUCUGCUCUCCGUAUUCCUCCACCGAAAAGCUGUGCAAAGCUGUGAAUCUCCAUCCGACACGGCCAGCUGUGUCUGUAGCGCCCCCUUCUGGGCCUGUUUUACCACUCAGACUCAAACACAGGUCUGAGAACUGGUGAGUAAGCAUAUUAGAUUCCUGCGCCACUUGAGAGUCUCAAAAACGAGCGCACGGUUCUGUACAGAUCAGUAUUUUAUAGACCUCCGUGGCUCGUUUUUACAGAACCGACGCCCUCCUGAGCCGCUUCUUUGUAAAUAAGACGCAGACGAUCGUUUAAAGGGUCGAUAACUGCUCGCUCCGACCGAACGAUUUCAUGCAAAUGCUGAACUGCUUGUGCAAACCGUCUAAAACGUUCAAAAUAUCUCAGAAAACAUGACAAAACAACCUCAUCAUUGUGGUACAGACGCACACGCGGCCGCUUCACUGUUUCAGAUUUGGGAAAUACCCCGCUUCCUAAAUCGUCGCCGUUUGCAUGCUAUUGAGCGGUAAUUCACGCCGUCGUAGCUCUGGUCCUCUUUGUACCCGGCCUGAUUUUCACUUCCGUCAGUCAGUCGCACGAGCGCUCUCGACCGAGCGAGCUUUCCUAACCCGUGCUGUGUGUGUGUGUUUUGGGUCUGUGUAUUGUGUGAUGUGUUAAAUUCGUAGCGAGGUGUUUUGGGCCUGAAGGUGAAACAAGUCACGUUUUUUUUUUUUUUUUUUUUUUUUUUUUUUAAAGCAUUUAAGAAAUAAGGAAAUGACUGGAGUUUUUUUUUUUCUUUUACAGCUUUUAACAUGUACAGCUUAAAUUUCCUUGUUAAAAAACUGUGACCAAAUUUCCUUAUUAUUAUUAAUAUUAAUAUUAUUGUUAUUAAAGAACGCAUUUUCAAACCGC